CGCCCGAGCCUCUCGGCAGCGGAACGUGGGUGCCGGAAGUGGUGAGGGCGGGGUCUCGCUGCCGGGGGACAACGGGUUGCCCGCGAAGAUGCUGCUGGACUUGUCGGAGGAGCAUAAGGAGCACCUGGCCUUCCUGCCGCGAGUGGACAGCGCGGUGGUCGCCGAGUUCGGGCGGAUCGCGGUGGAGUUCCUGAGGCGAGGCGCGAACCCCAAGAUCUACGAGGGCGCCGCCAGAAAGCUCAGCGUGAGCAGUGACACGGUCCAGCAUGGGGUGGAGGGGCUGACGUACCUCCUCACGGAGAGCUCGAAGCUGCUGAUAUCUGAGCUGGAUUUCCAAGACUCUGUUUUCGUUCUGGGAUUCUCUGAAGAACUGAACAAACUGUUGCUUCAGCUUUAUCUGGAUAACAGAAAGGAGAUCAGGACUAUUCUAAGUGAGUUGGCACCAGACCUUCCCAGUUACCACAGCCUUGAAUGGCGACUGGAUGUACAGCUUGCAAGCAGAAGCCUCAGACAACAGAUUAAACCAUCAGUGACUAUAAAACUGCACCUUAACCAGAAUGGAGCUCACACCACCCAGGUUUUGCAGACGGACCCAGCCACCCUGGUCCGUUUGGUGCAGCAGCUGGAACAAGCACUGGAGGAGAUGAAAACAAACCACUGUAGGAGAGUCGUGCGCAACGUCAAGUAGUCCCAGGUUUAAGGUUUUGUUCCCUUUGAAUCACUUGUGAAUUGAUGAUAUACAGCAGUUACUUCUCAAAAUUGAUUUUUUUAAGUUGAUGGUGAUGAGUAUCCUGUGACAAGGUAUUGAGGCCACGAUGAAAAGCUAAAGUAAAGUUCCUCUCCCGGGGCUAAAUGGUCAGCUUCUUGACAAAUUAAGAUGUACUUUGUUUUUUAAAUGUGUAAAUAGGACUGAAUCAACUGGAAGUGAAUCUAUACUGUUCGUAUCUUCUGUAUAUAUGAAUGACUGUCCUUUUUUUGGUACUUCUUUUGACUGUUUAACUUUAUUAUUUUCUUUCUUAUUGACCAAGAUUUGAAAAUAAAAUUCACAAUGUAAUACUA